CCUGCAGGCCUACUACCUGCGCGCUAUGCGGAUCUCCCAGGCCCAGAGCAUCCUGUAUGUUCGUUUUCCAAUGACCUGGACAGGAGGCAAGACCUCUAGACUCGAGACAGGCUGUUUAGAGAUGUGUGCGCGUUUUCUCGCCUCCUCUACUGCACGUCGGGCUCUUGGGAAGGGAGCCCAACCUUUCCUUUGCUUUGUCCCCGCUGCAGCCUCGAAGGCUGUCCUCCCAACGCAGGCGCCCCACUCACACCUGCUGCCCCGCACAGACUCGAGCCAGAGAAGGAGCGAGAAGCCCGCGGCGCUCGCGCUGGCCAGGUUUUCCGGCUCUGACCCCUCCUCGCGGGCCUCCCUCCCUCCGGGCGCCCCCAGGGGCGGGACGCGCCGGGCCACCAGGGCGGCGGGACCCGGUGUUCGGUGCGGGUCGGGGCGGCGCCGGCCGGCGGCCGGACCCAGGUGUCCCGCGUCCCCUCCCGGGAGGCGGAUCCCGGGCCCGGCGCAGCGCAGCCCCCGCGCGCCCGCGCCCCGCGCCCGCUGCCUGGCCGCCCCGCAGGCAGGAGCCCGGCCGGCCGGGAGGUGGUGCUCGCCUCCCCGCGCCCGGGCCCGCGCGUUGCCGGGCAGCGGCUCGGAGGCUCCGAAGGGGGCGGAGCGGCGAGGCCGGCGUGCGGCUGGCGGCCCCCGUCCGUCCGCGGUUCCGGCCCCCGGCCCGCCCCCGCCUCGCCGGCCUCCCUCAGCGCCGGUGCGCAGCGCGCCGUCCCAGCCGCCGCCGCAGCGGCCGCCCCUCCCGGGCCUGAGAGCGCGGAGCCGCGAGGCCGGGCCGGGGCGCCAACCGGGACUGCCGGGGGCGCGGCGCCGACGCCGAGGCGCGGCCAUGGAGGGGAAGACCCGCGCCGGGGUCGCGCUGGUCCCGGGGCCGAGCGGCCGCGGGCCUUCCGCCCGCCGCGCCCGCCGCCGCCGCCGCCGCCGCCGCUCGGGGCUGCUGCUCCCCGGCCUCUGGCUGCUGCUGCUGGCCCGGCCGGCCUCGUGCGCCCCAGAUGAGCUCCCCCUGGAACCGCACAACCUUUCUUUAUCCUCCUUGCAGCUCAUGCCGAGGGAAAGCACCAUACACAGCCCUGCACACGUGGCCUUAACAGAAACUGCUCCAGGGUUCCAGCAGAGCAGUUCUCUCCACGUCAGGUCAUCUCCAUCCGCCACUACUUUUGAUACAACCUUUUUUAACCAAGGAAAAUGGACACAAAGUACAGCAGAUCACAGCAUCUUUGUGGCAAAUUAUGUGUCGGUGGCGAGCAACGAGGUCAUAGAGGAUGAUGAAAUGGAUAACUUUUUGCCAGAGACUUACUGGACCACUUCACACCUGGUUUCUCCCAUACGACAUGUCACAGUCAGUCUGCCAGGGCUGCCCAAAGAAGCGUUAGACUCUGUGCCGACUCCAUCAUUACCCAUCAUUUCUUUGCAAGAUGAAGAAGUGACAUCAGCCCGGCAAAACACAGUGCAACAACUAACCAGGUCUACUGAAUCCCCCAGUCAUUUCAAUGCUUUUUGGUCAGCUUUUCCCAAUUCUAAGGACAUAAUUCCAACUCCUAGUAGGAAUUUGGUGUUUUAUUCUACUGGCACUUAUGGGCAUGUAUCAAGCAGGACUUUGCCAGAGAUCAUGGCUUCAGGAGCAGAGGGCACAGAAACCCUCCUUAGCUCGCAGUCUUCUGAGCCCUGGCUGCCAGGUGAUGGUGUCACUCGGCAGCCACCUCCCCCAUUUGGACAGGUCUCACUGCCUACAGAGGUUGCUCUGGCUACAGGUCCAGACAGAUACUCUGAUACGACCACUGCUUUGGGUCAAAGCCUAGAGGAAACUGUCUCUUCAGGCACACGUCGCCCUGCAGCUCCGUCCCAGAUGGGCCUUGCCUUCAGCAGCAGCAGCGCACAUUUGACUUUCUUUUCGACUCCUCUUGCAUCUGGAUCAUUCUCUACUCAAUCUGCUGGUGUUUCACUUAACCCCUUUCUUCCCAGCAGCUACAGUGAGGCUUCAGAAUUGCCUGGCCAUUCAGUGGUCCCAGGUUGUGUGGGUGACACUCACGUCCGGAGCCCAGUGUCUUUGCUCAGAGCAAACACCUGGUGCGUGUCCUGCACUGCGGUGUCGCCUCGGCACAUGCUGUCAACAAGCCUCAUGGAGCAGGACAUGGGAUCAGGGGAUGGUGCUGAGACCUUGUCCCUGAUGCUCUCGGAAGUGAGCAGCGUCUCUCCACUGAGCAGCGUCCUGGCAGACUUCUCUGAAUUUGAGGAAGAUCCUCAAGAGUUUAAUACACUUUUCCCCUCAAGACCGAUGGUUCCCCUCUCUUCUCCAUCUAUGGAGAUCUCAGCAACGAGUGUGGGUAUUUCAGCUGAGGGGGAGAUGAGCAGUGUUAUGACCACACAAGUGUAUCCUCCCCAGGGCCACCUCUCUGUGCCUGUGUCACUUGAUGCUGCUGCUUUUGGCUCCUCCUCUGUCGCUGAAGCUCAAGUAAUGCCAUCUAGUGUGACAGCUGUGCUUUCCUCAGUCACCCCUAGUGCUCUUCUUGACUCUUCUUUCCCCAUCACAGCAAACAAAAACACACCAUUGCUUGCUGUCAGAGGCCCAGGUCUUUUCACAUCUUAUAGUUUGGACCUGUCAGCAGAGUCUAAGCUUUUCCCUGACCGAGAAUCUGCCAGUUUUUCCCAGCGUGAAACUGCAAGUAUUUGGGAUUUUGCGUCCAGCUUUUUCUCCACUCCACCUCUGGAAUUCAGCAGCCGGGUCCCUCCAUCUUCAGAAGUACUUGCUUCCCCAUCUCUGAGGUCCAGUGAUCUGUCCACCUUCAUUUCUCAGGCAUUUUCUACCUUGGUUGAGACACUGUCAUUGACCAACUCUUUCAAUUCUCAGUCAUCUCAGCUUUCUGUUCCCAAUUCCACAAACCUUGAAUUUUCUCAGCUCUGGCCAAGCUCAGACCUUCUUUUAAGCACGUUCACUUUUCUCCUUAGUUACUCUGAAACAUCAGUACUCUCCAGCUUCCCCUCCAGUUCUCUGAAGUUUUCUGAAGCACCCACAGUGUCACCGACAGAUGCUGAAACUCAUUUUACCUCAGCUUUCACUGAAAUUACCUCCUAUUUUGAGUUUUCACUCAUGUCCCAUGAAUCUGCAGUCACCACACUGGUGCCCUCCCGUUCUGAGCCCAUUUUGACUUCUGAAGCUCACUUCACGUCACUUUUGACUGUUGUUCCUACUACACCCGUUUUAACUGAAUCUUCUCUCUUUUCAACCCCGACACCUUCUGAAGAUAACAUCAGUGUUAUGAACGAUCAAACGUCUGUCUUACCCUCUUUUUCCGAAGUCACCCCUGUCACCACAGUGCUGGUUACCACUGGAUACCCACCAUCAGCGUUUGUUCCUGAGGUGAUUCCCUCGUCUCUGCCUAUAGAGCCAGAUGGUUCACGUGGCCCAUCAUUCGCACCCACAGAUUUACUGGGGAACACCUCCACUGAGCUGAGCACUUCUGAUACUAGUGCUACCCCUGAGAAUUCUGUUCACACCACCCAGAACAGCAGAACUGCGAGUCAGAAUCCCCAUGAGGACAGCACGGUUCUCCCCCCGCCGUCCCUUCAUCCUGUGACCACCCCCACUCCCGAAGCAACGGUUCAUACUCCAGCGCUGGUCACCACCAAGUCUCCGUAUGUGUGUGAUAUUACAGUUCCUGAUGCCUAUUUGAUCACAACUGUGCUAGCCCGCAGAGCCGUGCAGGAGUACAUCAUUACAUCCAUCAAAGAGGUGUUGAGGAGCCAUUUCAACCGUGUGGUGGAGCUCAAGGUUUAUGAACUAUUCGCUGACUUCACUUUUCUGGUAACAUCUGGUCCCUUCGUUUACACGGCAAUAUCGGUCAUAAAUGUACUUGUAAAUAGUAAACUUGUACGUGACCAAACUCCUUUAAUCUUGGCUGUGAAACCCUCCUUCCUUGUGCCAGAGUCCAGGUUUCAAGUUCAAACGGUACUGCAAUUUGUGCCUCAGAGUGUGGAUACUGGCUUCUGCAGCUUCACCCAGCGCAUCGAGAAAGGCCUGAUGAUAGCUCUGUCUGAAGUGAGAAAACACCACCAGGGGACGUAUAACCUCACAGUGCAGAUCUUGAAUAUCACUGUGGGAUCUUCAAGGCUGGCUCCUCGCCGGGGCCCAGUGAACAUCAUCUUUGCUGUUAAAGGCUCGCAGGGGCUUCUGAAUGGGUCCGAAGUGAGUGAAAUGCUCAGGAACUUGAGUGUGGUGGAGUUCAGUUUCUACCUGGGGUACCCGGUGCUGCAGAUUGCCGAACCUUUCCAGUACCCACAGCUCAACUUAUCUCAGUUGUUGAAGUCCUCUUGGGUAAGAACAGUCCUCCUGGGUGUCGUUGAGAAGCAGCUCCAGAAUGGAGUGUUUCAAGCUGAGAUGGAGCGCAAACUGGCCCAGCUGCUCAGCGAAGUUUCCACCAGAAGGCGGAUGUGGAGAAGGGCCACCAUCGCUGCUGGGAACAGCAUGGUACAGGUGGUAAAUGUGUCAAGGCUUGAGGGAGAUGACAAUCCCGUGCAGCUCAUCUACUUUGUGGAGGAUCAAGAUGGAGAAAGACUCAGUGCAGUCAAGUCUUCAGAUCUGAUUAACAAGAUAGAUAUCCAGAGAGCAGCCAUCAUCUUGGGUUACCGGAUUCAAGGCGCUGUUGCUCAACCCGUGGACAGGGUGAAGAGGCCGUCCCCCGAGCCCCAGAGCAGCAACCUCUGGGUCAUCGUGGGCGUGGGCGUGCCGGUGCUGGUGGUGCUGGUGGUCGUUGCCAUCCUCUACUGGAAACUCUGCCGCACGGACAAAUUGGACUUCCAGCCUGACACUGUGGCCAACGUUCAGCAGCGUCAGAAGUUGCAGAUCCCUAGUGUGAAGGGCUUCGACUUUGCUAAGCAGCAUCUGGGUCAGCACAAUAAAGAUGACAUACUGAUCAUUCAUGAGCCAGCACCGCUGCCGGGACCCGUGAAGGACCACACCACGCCCUCUGAGAAUGGAGAUGUGCCGAGCCCCAAGGCAAAGAUCCCUUCCAAGAACAUCCGUCACAGAGGAAGAGUUUCUCCCUCAGAUGCCGACUCUACAGUAAGUGAAGAGUCCAGUGAGAGGGAAGCAGGGGACAAGACUUCAGGAGCUGUGACCGAUGGCAAGUCCCAUAGAGCCCCACAGAGUGGGGCAGCACCCAGCCCGGGGAACGAGCAGCACUCGUCAGCCUCCAUCUUCGAGCACGUGGACAGGCUCUCCCGCUCCUCGGAUGCCAGUCGGCGGGUCCCCAGUAAGAUCCAGCUGAUCGCCAUGCAGCCCAUCCCAGCUCCUCCGGUUCCGCACUCCAUACUGGCUGACCGAGUGGCAGAAACCAACAAAAUUAACAAAGAGAUCCAGACGGCGCUGCGACAUAAGUCGGAGAUCGAGCACCAUCGGAACAAGAUCCGGCUCCGCGCCAAGCGCCGCGGGCACUACGAGUUCCCAGUGUUGGACGAGCUGUCGUCGGGCGACACGCGGGAGCGGCACCGCGUGUACCGCAGGGCGCAGAUGCAGAUUGACAAGAUCCUGGACCCCACAGCCAGCGUGCCCUCUGUGUUCAUAGAGCCGAGGAAGAGCUCCAGGAUAAAACGUUCUCCUAAGCCGCGUCGGAAACAUCAGGUCAACGGCUGCCCCGGAGAUGCUGAGAAGGACAGACUUAUCACCACAGACAGCGAUGGCACUUACAAACGGCCCCCUGGUGUCCACAACUCUGCCUAUAUUGGUUGCCCGUCUGACCCUGACCUCCCGGCAGAUGUGCAGACGCCUUCUUCGGCUGAGCUGGGGAGGUAUCCAGGCCUGCCCUUCCCGGCCCCCCAGUACAUCCCGCCCCAGCCAUCCAUUGAGGAGGCACGCCAGACCAUGCACUCCCUCCUGGAUGAUGCGUUUGCCCUCGUGGCCCCCAGCAGCCAGCCUCCCAACGCUGCGGCCGCAGGCCCUGGAGUCCCAGCAGGCCUGCCUGUUAACAGCACCCCUUCCCGGGAAGAGAGACGAGCCACACAGUGGGGGUCCUUCUACAGCCCAGCUCAGACGGCCAACAACCCAUGCAGUAGAUAUGAAGAUUAUGGCAUGACUCCCCCAUCAGGCCCAUUACCAAGACCAGGUUUUGGCCCCAGUUUGCUGCAGUCUGCGGAGCUGGUGUCUUCCGAGCCCCAACAGCCCCAGGCAUCAUCUGAAGCCACCUCGUUUGCUGCCCGAGGGAUCUACUCGGAGGAGGUGCCAUUGGUGGCCCGGCCUCGGCCUGUCGGGGGCACCACAGGCUCCCAGAUCCAGCACCUGACGCAGGUGGGAAUUGCCAGCAGAAUCGGAGCUCAGCCAGUGGAAAUCCAACCAGGCAGAGGUGGCCAGUACGGGGGACCAGGCUGGCCUUCGUACGGGGAGGAUGAAGCCGGCCGGAGAGAGGCCACACACAUGCUGGGACAUCAGGAGUAUUCCUCACCACUCUUCCAGGUGCCAAGGACUUCAGGCCGGGAGCCUUCGGCUCCUCCCGGGAACCUCCCGCCCAGGGGGCUGCCGGGCGCUGGGUUGGCCUACCCCACCAGCUCCACGGAAGACCUCCAGCCCGGCCACUCUUCAGCCUCUCUCAUCAAAGCCAUCCGUGAGGAGCUCCUUCGGCUCUCCCAGAAGCAGACCGGCGUGCAGAACUUCCACAGCUGAUCGGCCUCACCUUGCAGAUUUGCCAAGUAUCCGCUUCCCGUGGAAGCAAGACUAAAAGGAAAUCAAAUGAGCGGGUGUUUGUAAGAGGAUGAGCAUCUCCCGGGCUAGGGGCCCAAGUAAGGGAACAAGUUGCAAUUUUAAAAGAUGCCAUAAGUCAUAUGACAGCUCACGAUGCUUUUAAUAUGUUGGCAAUUUUGUGACUACCUGGGUUCAGUUGAAAUUUAUGUACUUUUGGCCAAAAGCCAGCAGCACUUCAUGAAAGACAGACCACAGUUCUAAGCUAAUGAAAUAACUAAGUUAGUCUCUUUUUUAAAGGUGAAAGAUGAAAAUGUGUAGAUGGUGUAGGGAUUAAAGGAAUCUAGUAUUUCUGUGGGAAGAUGUGAUUCAGACUGGUUUGUACGAUGAACCUGCUGCUUUGUUUUCUGAGAAAAGAGAUUUGAAGACAUUUUAUUAACAGCUUGAUUUCCCUCUUUUCCUCCAUAGGAACUUAUUUUAAUAGUAAUAUUAACAACAUGAAUACUAAGACUGUUUGGGAAUUUAAAAAGCUACUAGUGAGAAACCAAAUGAUAGAUUGUAGAGCCUGAUGAUUCCAAACGAAGCCAUCAACUGCAUUUUCCUUCUACUUCUGGUGCUACAGCUCCAAGAGCCCCUUCACCUUGUCUGUGAAAUGCAACUUUGGCUUUCUCAAUGGAAGAAUAUGUGGAAGGUUUCAUUUUGUUCUGGAAAGGGGAAAAAAAAAAAGCCUCCCCAAAUAGGAAACGUUUAAUAUUUAUUUGGUUAUUCAAAAUACAUAUCAAAGUUUAGAUUUACAUUCUUAAUUGUACUUGCGGUUUGUUAAUUGGGCACAUGCACUGCCCUUGCAUCUCAUUGGAGUACAUCUCUUCAUCCAGGCCAGGCCUAUAGAAUGAGGCUUUCAGGAGGUCCUAAUCCUUGCACUUUGGUGAUGAGUUGCUCCCAAAUAUUGUUUGAAUGAGAAAUCUAACAUGAGCAAAAAUGUCAGAAUUUCUUGGACUGCUGAAUGGUUGGUUAUUCAUGAAUGCAUUCAUGGUAAUCACAUUCCCUGUGCUCAAGACCUGGAAACAAAACUGAAUUCUGUUCAGCCUGUUUGUAAUGAGUCAAGAAAGGAAAGAAGAGCUUUGAGACCACGAGGGAGAGAGUUGCUCCUAAUUUCUGAUUUUAUUGUGCAUGACUCCACAGAGUGACUGUUAAAACUGUCUUUGGGCCUGACAGAGGGGUCCUCUCACUUGAGAUUGACUCCUGAAGGAAACAUUUCUCCCCUUCCCAAAGUAGAGUAAGGAAUAGAGUCACAAGGGCAGUUCUGUUUUCCGGGCCUGAGUGAAAUGAAGAAAAACAGACUUAGAUAACAAAUUUCCAUGAAUCCUUUUUUUUAUUAGAUCAACUAAUAUCUUUAAUUAAACAACAGAUACACGGGCAGAAUUUGGGGCUCUGACAACUCAAAAUCUGUGUAUCUGUGUCAAAUUGUAAGAACCCCAAAGCAGCUAAAAUAGGUUCCCAAAGUGUAAUCACUGGGUUUCAGAAUCAUGUUUCAGCCCUGUCUUAAUGAAGCCUGUUGUGUAGACUCAAGUCUCACACUAGGGGAAAGUUGGUUCUGGGAAAUUAAGAUGUAGCCAUUCUUCAUCUUUGCACCUCUGAGAAAGGAGAGGUGCAGGAGGACAAGUCUCUUGAGGAUAUUAAAUAAAGGAAUGGGAACUCCUUUUCAUGUGCCCCUCACAGGCUCCAAAGAGUGGGGGAGAUAAGACCCCAUCUGGGCUUGAUUUCUUACCUCUCGGUCUUGGUUUAAUACCAGACUUGCCCAGAGUGGAGGAUUCUCUUUGCAUGUCAUUCAGAAAUACCAGGUUUCCUGAAUGUGUAAUUAAGAAUUUCAGAGAUCCAAGCAGAAUUUUAUUACGGACACCUCAUGGUGAAUUCAGAUUGAGUGCCAGCUGAUAGGGUAAAAUGCAGGCCCCUCUCCUUCCAUUCUGCUCAGUGUCCUAAGUAUAUGAACAUGGUUACCUCCUUAGUACGUGGCAGAAACGGGCCUCUGUUUUAAACGGGGCUGCAGUAACAGUUUUGAUGCCUUUCAAACUAGCAUAAGGGGACUCUACCUGCAUUUUUCUUCUUAGAACCAAUACAGUUUUAAACCGGCCUCAAGACCAAAGAUGACGUAUAAUAAACAACCGGUGGUGUGUGGUGAGUGUGAGCAGGCCGGUGGGAUCCCCAGCACUCUUGUGUUGGUUGUAAAGGUCACUCACUUUGCACUCAGUGUUACCGUCACCAGACUCAGAACAGACCCGCUGUCGUGGGGAGCAUCACUCAGUGAAUGGGAUCUACUUAGUGAAAGGUCCUCGUGGCAAUCACAUGUGGCUUUGGAGUUCCAUUUAUUGAAACAGCAAAAUGAAAAGUUAAAUUUCAUGUCUAUUCGUUUUUUCCUAUUUUAAAAAUUCUAGUGGUAAUAACAAGAGCUAUAAACUUGAGUCAGAGUUUUAGAGAAGAUUGUUUGGAGAAAUGAUCAUUUUUAGAACCUACACGGUCACUAAGUGGCUGUGUCAGGUCCUUUCUCUGAGCCUCAUUCUCCCCUACCCACUCCCCAGGAUUUCUCACUGAGAGAAUCAGACGUGGUCACGUGUGCAAAUGUCCCCUGAGGAGGAAGCACAAAGCACUGUGAAAACAGACUGUCUGCGUGAUUGCGCUGGGCUGGGCCCUCUGCUCUGACCUCCCCGUGAGCGAGUUCACGUGGGGGUAACCAGAGCAACACUAGAGCCCCCAUGUGACUCUGCUUCCUCUUUCCUGUCUUGCUUUAAAUUCACUUCCUUCACCAUUAACUUUCAGUUGUCAUGCAUUUUAAUGCUCCUGGUUUUCUGCUGUUUCUGGCACCAAAUAAGUCAACAUGAGCCCUGCCUUCUGAGAUCUUAGAAUCUGAAUCAGACAACACCCACGGUUUUAAGAGACAGAAGAGACGGGAAAAUGAUGUGGUUUACACAUCAGUAAAAUUCACUGAAAGUACACUAGGCACCCAGAAGGAGGCAUGGACGUUGCACAUUUGGAAACACUGGGAUCUUGGGUAGAACUCAAUGUCAGAAACGAAGGAAGACAGGAGCUUCCCAGGCGCAUGGUGAGAUGCUGUGGGAAGAGCUGAGAGUGGGCCUGGGGAAGGAUGGAGAAAGUGGGUGAAGCUACAUUUGAAAAUAACCUUGAUCCUGAUCUGUUCCCAUAUGGGAACGAAAUCCGUAACUGCACCAUUGAGGGAGUUUUAUAAGAGGAGGAAGUGAUGCUAUGAGGAUAUGUUUGCAUAAAAUGGCCAGGCCUGGGAAGAAGGUUUGCAGAGGAAGAGGUCCAUUCUGGAGGGGAGGAGAGGGGAGAGUCCCAGGAACUGCUGGAGGACCCAUGUCAGUGUGAAAAGAGUGAGACUUCCACUGAGGUCUGCUGCUUCGAGCAGAUCUCAAGCGUCAGCCAUUCGGCCACAUUUAAUCCUUUGUGGAGCACAGUGGGUUAUAAAUAAAUAUAUUUGAGUUCUUUACAGCUACCUACACAUUUUCCUCCAAAUUAUAUUUAAUUUCAGAGCGUGUUUUCAUUUUGGUGGUAUGUGGCUUUUGAGCAGCAAACUAAGCCAGUUUCUGCCAGCCAGAUCUUUCAGGGCAUGCGGCCUGUGAUGCAGGGCAGAGGUGAAGGGACGCCUGGAGGCCUCGGGCCAAAACAGGUAAUUCUGUGCUUUAUGAGCUUCCCGUUGAACUGUGUACAGGGUCAGUGUUUACUGCACUUGCGCAACUUAGUGCUCCAGUGACCAAACUAAUCACUCGGACACUGAUUUGCAUUUGCAGUACUUCAGGAGUUAAUCAUUAAAUAUACUUCUACAUCCCUUUCAUCUGAGAUCCUAGACGUGAAUGAAUUUGUUGGUUGGAAGGAGAGCUGGUUAAGGUUCUGGGUGGGUGGGGAGGGGGCUCCAGUCUUAAGUACCACACCCGCUUUCAUUGUAGAUGUUUUAGCCAUUUCAUUUCUACCUCCAGAGCAAGUCCCCAAAGCCAGUCUCCAGAGCCCACUUAUCCACCUUUGUUCCAGGCAGGAGUGUGAGGAAGUCCACAUCUGCACCUGCACGUGGACCGUUUGAACAUAAAGCACGUUUUCUUGGGAUGCUAACUUGAACUUUGUUUUUACGUUUAAUCCAACACCGUCACGGAUAUUCUGGUAACAGGUGAGAGGGGUCUCUAUGAGCAACUGCUGUAACACACUCAUAAACUGUAUUAGGCUUACACUUGUUACCUAGCGAACAAGGAGUGUGUGCAUUUCAGGUUUCUUUUGAUAUCCUUGGAGGUGAUUUUCAGUGUUUAAACUAGGACUCCUUUCUCUAAUUUUAUGAAAAAGACUUGAAAACCAAAACCUCACGGUACGAUCCUAAUUCCAUGCUGUGUGUAUAACAGUACACUUGACGUUUAUCUUAACAUGCAGCAGGUGUUGACGUUUAGGAAAAGAAUAUCAGAUGCCUUGGAAACAUGAAGCAAAGUUGGGAACCAGCGACCAAGUGAAAGAAGGAAGGAGUGUCUCCCUCUGAGAUACUCUCAUCCAAAUUACGCUCGCACAGGGUAGAUAAUCAUGCAGGCUCUUUGCUUUUCCUUCUUCCUCUGGAUUUUUCUGCUCUGGGGCCACUUCACAUUUAAAGGAAGAGUGGGUAAGUAGAAGGGACAGAGAAAAACUGAAGUGAUUUGGAUCUCGAGGUCCCUGAUUCCACAGAAUCUUUCUGGACACCUUGGACCAUCACGAAUAGCCCCUUCUCAUGUCUACCAGAUUUCCAGCAUUCAUAACUUGACUCCCUAAGUGUGCAAGGUCAGAAUAGUACAGGGCCAGCUUCUCGCCAGGCUUCCUGUACGGUUCCUCCUGCAGAUGUGGGGAAGGAGGAGGAGGCGGCACUAGGGGACAGAGGCUCAGUUGCUCUAAGCAGCAGAGCGUUACUUUCAGAAAAGGGCAGUAGGAACUCUCUACUUUGCCCCCCUGCAGGGCACGGUCUAAGGAGCGCGGAGAGAUUGGGUGAGCCUCGCCCUCGCAGGAAAGACUGCUGCUUAGCCGAGCUGCUCUGGGAUGCCCACUUGUCUCCUCUGACUUUGUCAAGGUCCAUGUUCUUCUGACCCUUUCCGCACGCUCAUACCUAGAUUUUGAGUGUUAAUGUACGAAAAUACGCAGAGUAAAUUGAGGCCACUUGUGGCCUCAAUACUGCCACUUGAACGUGACAAUCAUGGUUUGCUGGUCUCGAACGGGCCCUUAAAUUUCCGUAUGGGUAUAUGAUUUAAUCAUCGAACCCUUCCUUCUCUUUGCUGGUUAUGUUUCUACCCUUCAAUUAGCUGCACUGUUUUCUAAUGUGCUGUAGAGUUUUUGAGAUAAUUUAUGCAAGUGUUUGGUUUCCAUGUUUACAAUUUAUACAGCUUUCCUAGCAUUUUAAAUGGAAAUGUCAAUAAAUGCUAUGAAUUGGUGUCAAGUGA